AUGGAUAUCCUUCACCUACAAACGGUAACCUCUACACCUGACUCCCUCUUCCCUGCAUCUUUGAGCAGUUGUGCAUUGUGUUUUUUGUUUCCUCGGGGUGUGUGCAUGACCAUGUUUUAGAAGCCUCCCUGCCCAGCUGCGCGUGACUCAGGCUUAGUCUGAGCCCAGGGACAAAGAGCAUGGUUCCCUCUGAUUCAGAUCAGCAGGAGGAGACGCACUUGAAGAAUCAGAGAUGGGGAAAGGCUGUGCAGGAGAGCCUGUUUGGUGAAGCCCCUUGCCUCUGCCUCCAGACCUGAUGAGGCAGCAGGAGACCCUUCCCAGACUCUGGAGGAUGAAGGAGACUCAGGCUCAGAGGCCAGUCCUGUUGUGACAGAGCAUGAGAGCUCAGAGGAGGAGGAAUGUUAAUCUAGGACAGGGAUUCUUGAGAGCAGCUGAUCCUCUCAACCUCUGCUUAAAAGCUUGGUGGCUAGACGGGGAAACUUGUUGGAACAACCUUGCAGCUCCCAAACUCUUGCUACUCAUGUCAAGCCUCCUCUGCACCAUAUGUGUGAAGCACUAUUAUGCCACUUGGAGAGUCAUAACUUCCUUCAAAGAACGGCAGUUUGUUACGGGUGCUGAGCGUUGUUGGGAAACCUAAAAUUCCCAGAGCUCCUUGGGAAGAUGGGCUGUUAAGCCACUCUGAGCAUCGUAGCCAUGUGAGGGGAAUAGGAGUCUCCUGACAACUUUCGGCCUAAAUACCAUACUAUUUCCCCCAUGAUACUUUGGGGGAAGCCAUGGCUAAUAAGUGCUUUAAAUGUAUGGUACGGAUGUAGCCUGGGACUCUUCAACCUUUGUUCAACUGGGUUUAUUAUGGCUGCUCCUCUGUCUUGUAACAGCACCUGGACCGGAUUGUGCUCCUCCCUAGCCUCCCGAGUUUGUACAAUUUGACUGCCAUAAUAAGAGUUUUCUUCUUUAUUUACAAGGAAACACCUUUGUUUGGUCUUAAGAGGGAGCCAGGGAGCCAUCCUAAGUAGCGCUGAGCACCUCCUCCAUCUCCUGGUGGUUUGGUGUGGGUUGAUUUAAUCAUGAUUAGAAUUAAUGAGCUAACUUCCUCAAACCAUAUUGUUACUAAGUUAUCCCCAUAUUGCUUUCAUAGGUACGCAUUGUUGCAGAACUAACCCCUGCUGGAGUGUUGGAUUUGUAUACCUGUAUUUUGAUUGCCUUUUGUGUGCGCAAUAAACACUCCUAUUUUAAGACCCGUGCAAGUCAAUGGGCAAAUCUGCCAAAGCACACUGUUGUUGCUCUCCAAAAGAUCCUAAUUCACGACGGUCCUAGAACAUGUUUGUGA